UGUUGUUUUUUGGCUUUCAUUUCAACAUCGUCGUCGAGUCGCGAACAUAAACGCACAAAACGGUGAUCUGGAUUCUCUUCUUGCUGUGCUCACAGUUUGAUGGCAAGCCAUCAUCAUUAUCUCCCAGCAAGGCCACAUAGUAGUUACAACAGUAUCGAAUUGACCGUGCGGGUGAAGACAGGCAAAUUAAGCGGUGGGCCGUCUGCUGGUUCGCCAUUCAGUCGUAAAAGUGUUGUUGAGGCCAUCAGUGAAAGGAGCAGCGCCAAAAAAGUGAAAGUUGCUCUAUAGAUCUAAUCCGGCCAUUUUCUCCGUUCGGGUUCCAGGGAAGAUGUCCACUCUUCUCGGAAUUUGUUUGCUGCUGGUCCUCUCGAUUGGAACCACCAUCGGCCACAGAAAUGUGCUGCUGCUAUUAGCGGACGAUGGUGGAUUCGAGAUCGGGGCCUACCGGAACAAGAUCGUGCAAACCCCGGCGCUGGAUGCCCUCGCGAAGCAAAGUCUGAUCUUCAACAAUGCGUACGCCUCGGUGAGCAGUUGCUCCCCGUCCAGGGCUUCGAUCCUCACCGGCAUGCCGGAACACCAGAACGGAAUGUACGGGCUGCACAACGGGGUGCACAAUUUCAACGCACUCGGCAAGGUGAAGAGCAUCUCGAAAAUCUUGUCCGAUUCCGGUGUCGUUACCGGACUGAUCGGCAAGAAACAUGUUGGUCCUGGGGAGGUAUUCAAAUUCGAUUACGAACGAACCGAAGAGCAAUAUCCGAUUAAUCAGGUCGGACGAAAUAUUACAAACAUCAAGCUUUUUGUUAGAGAGUUCCUUGAGGCAAGUAAAGAAAAGGAUCAACCUUUCUUCCUGAUGGUUUCGUUCCAUGAUCCACACCGUUGUGGACACAUAACUCCCCAGUACGGUCCGUUUUGCGAGCGUUGGGGAUCCGGAGAGGAAGGCAUGGGUUUGAUCCCUGAUUGGCAUCCGAUCUACUACGUGUGGGAUGAGUUGAUCCUUCCGUACUAUAUUCCGGACACCGAACCUGCUCGUAGAGACGUUGCUGCCCAGUACACCACAAUCUCCCGACUCGAUCAAGGCGUCGGCUUAGUGCUGAAAGAACUGGCUGAUGCCGGAUUCGAUCAGGACACUCUGGUAGUCUACACUUCCGAUAACGGACCACCCCUUCCAGCUGCCCGCACCAAUCUCUACGAUCCCGGAAUGGCCGAACCCAUGUUCAUCCGAUCCCCAGAUCCAAAGAGUCGCCACAACGAAGUAACCUAUUCCAUGACCAGCCAUCUCGACCUACUUCCAACAUUCCUCGACUGGUUCAACGUUUCUUACCCAUCCGAUCACCCGGAAGAAUCCGACACCAACGCCAUAGACGAACAACACCCACCAAAUCCCAUCCUAACCGGCAAGUCCCUUCUCCCCCUACUGUCCACCGAACCGCCCUCUGAUCCAGAUCAGGCAGUGUACGCUUCGCAAUCGUUCCACGAAAUCACCAUGGCCUACCCGAUGCGCGCCAUCCGCACCAAACGCUACAAGCUGAUCCACAACCUGAACCAUCAACUGCCGUUCCCCAUCGAUCAGGACCUGUUCGUUUCGCCGACCUUCCAGGAUCUGCUGCAGCGCACGGCCAGCAACCAGGACCUGCGCUGGUACAAAAACCUCCGGCUUUACUACAACCGGCCGGAGUGGGAGCUGUUCGAUCUCAAGUUGGAUCCCGCCGAGAGGAAGAAUCUGGUCGGCAAACCGGUAGUCAAGGAGAUUUUCGAGAAGCUCAAGGGAAAGCUGCGCCAGUGGCAGGAACUGACGAACGAUCCGUUCCGUUGCAUGCCCGGAGGAGUGCUGCUCGAUACCGGUGAAUAUCUGAACAAUGCCACUUGUUUUGAUUUGGGCCAGUAGUUGGUAGGUACUCCAUGAAAAGUAUGUGGCAAGAUUUUUUAUAAUACUCAUUAGAUUUUAGGGGUUGGAUGAUUUGGAGAUCUUUAUGUCUGUGUUGUUUUAUAAUACAUACAAAGUUUAGAAACAAA